AGGACAACAUACAUUCUGUUUCACAACGAUCAUGGCGGCCGUCGACGACGAUGCGGCGGCUGUUGUGGAUGGCCUGUUUGAUGCCAUUUGGAGCUCAUUGGAAGUGGAAGGAUGGAGCAAGACGAAGUACAGCCAUGGUCAGCUGUACUUGGCACCCGAUGCAGACCUCAUGAACUUCAAAAUGACCGUCAACGUGUUUGAACGCAAGCGACCAGCCCUUGUGCUUGCGUUGGAACUCACGAAUCCUCCCAACACCCCUAAUGCUGUUGCGAUAUGGGACAUUGUGUCGGCGUUCUUGAUCUCUGCAAAGUGUGUCUCGCGCAUCAUGCUGUCUGCACAAGCGACGUGGUAUUGCAGCCCUAGGGUGGAGAACCUGGCACACCUCGUUCCGAACGUCACCAUGUUUGAAACCCAGCGCGGGGCCACGCUGAAGUAUCUGUGCAGUAUCUUUCCCGAAUCCGUUGCAUUGAAGAGCAGCUUCGCUCAAGAUGGACAUGCUGCAUCAUCCCCUCAAGCAGCCAUGCCGACCGUUCUUCCAAGUCCUGUUGGCAUCAACGAUGCUAACACACCGUCGACUUGUACCCUCGACUCGAACGACGCCAGUCUCUCGCCGAAUGAAAUUCCCAUGGAGGCGAUCUGGCGUGUCCUGGAGACCUGGCAGUGGACGCGCCAGGAAACUUCCGCUAGGACAUGGUCGUACAUGCAUCCCACUCUGACCAGUCCAAUUCACACUGACGUCGGCCUGCGACGCUACCUCGGGACAUCUGGGCUCAUGCGUGACGUGGCAACAGCAGCCCUGACCAGCAACUCCCCAAUCGAUCGGGCUCGGACGAUCACAAGGCCACCUCGACCUGCCAUGCCCAUGACGGCAAAAACGAAGAAGAAGAAGGCACAGCCUCGCCCGAAGCUCGUGCUUGGGGAGAUUGAGGACGGCCUGCACCAGCUCGGUUGGAAGUCGUUUGAAGGGAGUCUUGGCACAGUGUACUGCAAGCCACACGUGGUUGUGUUCGCCGGCGGACGGCUAAAGGUCGCGUCGUGCUCGGGCGUCCACGGCGUCGACUUCUUCAUUGGAUCGACGUCGUUGGUCGAGUACGUUCGGGGCACGCCGGCGCUGGAAGCAUCCGUUCGCCACGUCCUGGCAUCCGAUACCGUCGUGGAAGCCGAGUCGGUGCCUACUGCUGCACCCCAACCACCCAGCUCCAGCCGUGCACCCCCCCUCCCCGCCACCGCCGCGCUUUGUCCUGCACCCACAUUGAGAUCACAUGGACACAAGACGUCGUCUUCGAAAGCACAGUUUGCCGCUGUGUUUCAAGAGCUGACCAAGCUAGGGUGGACCCGUCGACCGAGCACGUUGGGGUACUCGUACUGCAAGCCCCCGACAGACGACUUGAAUGAACCGACCGAGUUCUUUAGCUCCGCAGACGUCGAAGCGUACGUGCGGGCUUCGGGGGAGUGGGACCGCAUCGAACAAUUGGUCCAGCGAAAGCGAUCCCAGCGACAUCGCGUGGUGGACGACGACAGCUGCGACGACGUGUGGGCGCAGCUCAAGGCCAAAGGAUGGACGCGCAAACGACUGGCGGACGGCGAGGUCGAAUUCCACGCGCCACUCGACGGCCAACAUGCAACUUCUGCUGAACCAGUUGUGAUGCCAGGUCGCAAGCGGCGGCGGCGGCAGCGGCCUGCUGACCGCAAUGACGACAACAUGGGCGAAGAAACCAAGGCCAGAAUGACUGGAGAGUCUGACGAGCUAGCACCACAAACUACCGUCGCAAGUACAUUGGAAGGCGACGAACAUCGCGUUGAACUGUCGACUCUUGUACAUGAAGACAGGUCGAGUGAACCUGCUCAAGUCGAGAUGAUAGUGCUACCGGAACCAUGCAACAACGAGGAAUGUUUUCCAAAUGUGGCCGGCGAUGACGUGCAAGUCGAUGAAACGAUGUCACAGAGUAUCAUUUCAUGUACGGAAUCACCCGCAUCAUUGCUAGAUGCGAUCGACGAACCCGCCUUGUUGCCACCGUGCAAUUUGGACGCCACGUCCGUCGACGCCCCUACGGACAAGGCACAAGACAAUGAAACGCAAGCGACGGAGCAUCUGUCGAGGGAUCUUCCUGAUGAUCACUUGGCCAAGAAGGGCAGCAGCCCUUUGACUACGCCACCGAACAACUCGUCAAGUCUGCACGAUUUGUUUAUGGACGGCGAGUUUAUCUCGCUCCACGACGUCCUCGACGACGUGGCUACAGCAGAAAACGAGCCAUUAAUGCCGUCGUCCGAUGUUUCGCAUGGUGAUUGUGAUCAAGCCUUUGAGGGGUCGGUACUCGAAGUAAGCAGCAGCAGCAGCGCCCCCAUACCCCCCUUGGCACUUGAGUCCAAGUCUGUGGCUGUUGCCCACGAGUCCGACGCGGCGAUGGCGCCUUCCGCUUGUGACAACAACACGAGGCCACAGUUUCAAACAAGUCCAUCCCACGUGGUGGUGGUGGGAAGCUGUACUAGUAGUACUACUACUACUGCUCCAGCAACACUUGACGCAGCUCAGUCUUUUGAGGCCCAGCGGACGAGUGCCCUGGAUGCCCUCAGUCCGCGCUACCGCCUCAAAUCGCUCGUUGGUCGCGACGUCCAGUGGCAGGCGGCGAUGGCGUUUGUGGCUCGGUCUUUUGCCGUCGGAUGCGGAAGUGUGUGCGUGUCAGGGCCCAGGGGAACCGGCAAGUCGGCGUUGGUAGCAUUGCUGGAAGAGCAAGUCGCCGCGGAAUGCGCCGGCCGCGGUCGCCAGCUCCGGCCUCGGCAUGUGGACAUGUCUGCGUCCGUGCCCCGUACCAGCAGCCUGUUCGUUGAAUUGGCCAACGAGAUGACGAAUGUGCAGUAUGCAAGCGACGCCGACGCCAUGAGUGCGCUAGAAGAAACGUGUCGAGAUCCCAGUUGGCUCACGUUCUUGGUUGUGGAUAACGCAGAUGCACUGCUAACCGACGCCGACAAUGACCAAAGUGUCUUGGAUGAGUUGAUUCGUAUGGCCCAUCGUCCGCUCUCCAGCCUCAUCUUUGUGUUCGUGACCAACUCUGUCAAGCGAAGCCAAGCGUACUUGCAGCGCCAUCCAACUAACGAAGUCGCUUCCAUUGCGUGUGCCCCAUACUCCAAGGAUGCGCUGCGAUGGAUUCUCAACCAGCGGCUCGCGGACAACUCGGUCGUCGACGACGCCGCCAUCGAGUUCGUGGCGCAGCAAGUUGCUGAGAUCUCGGGCGAUGCCCAAGUCACGCUGGACAUUUGCGUGUUGGCGAUCCUCCUCAUGCAGCGCCGCCAAGACCAUGUGCCAGUGACGGUGGAAGUGAUGGUUACGGCCACGUCUGCGUGCCUGACACACUACCGCGACCAGUUGAUGUGGGCGUUGCCUCCAACGACACAGAUGGUGCUGUACGUGCUCAUGUCGACGAUCGAUAAGACUGGGCUCGUGGGCUCAUUGCAGCGCGCAUACACCGUGCAAUGUGGACGAAGAGCGCCGCUGUCGCGGGUGGACUGGGGGGCCCACGUGCAAAUGCUGUACGGUAAUGGAGUGGUCGACAUCGACAACGAUAUGUACACGGUGCGCGUAACGCUCGAAAACAUCGUCGACCCAGAGACAUAGUACGCUCGUUUAUGUAUAAUCAACUUGUGCUGUUUGAGGAG